GAACAAAUAUACAGACCUGACACUGCACUUGAGACAGCUGCUACAACAGGCAUUCUCSAUCGUUGGCGGAAGCAACGAAGUCAACGGUAUCGUGCCACCCCUCCAUUUUUCCGUCCCAAUUACUCAUCACCCGAGAGGAUUAAAAUGGGGUGGAUAGAAAACGGACAGACGUAUCGAGAUUUGUCGUAUGAAACAGCCGAGGAUGAUGCUUUAGAAGAACGAGAGAACGAGAUUUUCUCUCCAACCGAGUUGGUGAUAUGGUUCUCUAUUUUGUCACCGACCUUCUUCGUCGUUGCACUCUUGAUUAUUAGAUGCAAUUGGGACUGCCGGGAGUUUCAGGAAUGGAAUKCCAUACGUUUGGYUAUGCCGGGUUUGUGCGUGUUCUUGUGCAUUCUAAAUGCUACGAURGCGUAUGACURCGAAGGAACGAAAAUUGCGUCGCAUUGGAACAUUCCCAUUUACAUGAUGUCGUCUACCAUUGCCCCAGGUAAGUGGUUCCUAUGAUUCAAGCGAAUCGAAUGAAUUCAUGUGUUUGGCUAGUGUUAACAUUUUUCACAAAACAAAAUCUCCGCGACUAACCCAUAAUGAAUACGUAAUAUUGGAAUUUUGCUAUCCCCCGUAUUGUUGUUGUUGCUCGUGCUGCUUUGCACAAAGGCAUCUAUGUUUUCACAUUUGUCAUGACAUUCUUAGCCCACAGGACCAGGUCUAUACCAUUUUGUCUUAUUCACAGAGGGCCGGGACGACACGAAACGGGAGAAUCGCGAUUAGACGAAGACGACGAAGUCUAUCAGCCGCUGGUGCGGCCAGCUAUCCUGGUAGUGUUUUCGCGGCUAUUCGCGCUGAUCCUGCUCCUUGUCACUUUUCUCAUUGAUUUGAAUGCCCUCAGUGAUGAUGUGCUGGUUGGACGAACCGGAUGGGCAUCGGUGCUAAAUAAUCCCGAGGGCAGCAACACUCUCGCGAUGGCUUUUUAUCUGCUUCCGAUGACUUUGGUUUCAUUUCUUUGCCUGUACUUCGGGUGUCUACUCUGGCGAUAUGGAAAUGAAUUUUCUAUGGUUGUCCCCACUUCCUCYGCCAAUGCUUGGGUCUGUCCCGUGGUUGGAUCAUUGGCUAUGAUCGUGGGACAGAUGUUUGGGCCCGAUUUAUUUCUCAUUACWAGCAACACCGGAAUAUUGAUCUAUAUGAURGCCAUGACAAGGACGUUGUAUGAAAUCCGUUACGAUAUCACACAGGCUGGGGAGCUAGGUCAGUUCUUGACUGCUUUAGAAAACACACACAGAAGAAAAGACCAACGUACUCCAUCUGGAAGAAUCGUGGCGAAUGAAUCCGAGGGUGCCUCAACUGAUUUGAAUGGUGCCGUUGAUGAAGAACUCGAGGAAGCAAUGGCUUCUGUGAGGGGGGCAGCUUUAACCUGACCCGUGAAGCAAGUCCAGGGUGGGGAACAGARCAGAGUAAGGAGCAGCAAUCGGAAAUUUGUGAAAAAUCUCACAGAAAAAUAUCGAGAGUUGCAAUCUCUCAAACAUCACGGCAUCUACAUUUGGUCAAGUUCAUACAUGGAUAUUGUUCUUUCAGACAGACAUCUAGGGGACCCACAAUGUGCGUUCUUCUAUUUUAUUGUAAUUUUAGUGUUAGAAGUUAAAAURGAAAC